AUGAAGAAGAAAAGUCACGAGGGCCUUGUUUAUGAACCUAAAGAAAUUCUGAAACCCGCCGCUCUCAAAGUAACAAAUUGUUACAAAUCAUUGUGGGGAAAAUAUAGUUAUCCCAGGGCAUACAUGACUCAACUUGUCAGCUCCCCGGACGGUUCAGCCAUGUCAAGGAACCCAGGUCAUCCUCCACUUUCUCAGUCCAAGGAGAAUAGCCUUGUCCAGAAUCAUCACCAGGAGGAAAUGAUCCAGAACUUGGUCAUGCAGCUGAGAUACAUUGCAGAUAGCAUGGAUUAUAGGGAGGCUCAAGAGGAUCCUCAACAGGAAGUCAGAGAUGCACUGGUUCAUUUUACUUUAUCUGUCUUCAGAAGAAUUCAGGUUUUGCUGCGCUCUUUCUGGAACAACCGUUUGCUGUAA